AUGGGUCUCGUCAAGGUCAUUAAAAACAAGGCCUACUUCAAGCGCUACCAGGUUAAGCUGAGGCGUAGACGUGAGGGAAAGACUGACUACUAUGCCAGAAAACGCCUCACCGUCCAGGACAAGAACAAGUACAACACCCCGAAGUACCGCCUGAUCGUUCGUUUGACCAACAAGGACAUCAUCGCUCAGGUAAAAUUUUGUUUUUUUUUGUUUAAUGCAGUAAAUUUUUUUCAGUUGGCUUACUCCAAGAUCGAGGGAGACGUUGUUGUCGCUUCGGCUUACUCUCAUGAGCUUCCACGUUACGGACUCAAGGUCGGACUUACUAACUACGCCGCCGCUUACGCUACUGGGCUUCUCCUUGCCCGCCGUCACCUGAAGGCGAUCGGACUUGACUCGACCUACAAGGGACACGAGGAGGUACGGGCGAAUUUCGUUGAAUGGAUGAAUUAUUUUUCUUGUUCAGCUUACCGGAGAAGACUACAACGUCGAGCAUGAGGGAGAUCGCGCUCCAUUCAAGGCUGUCCUUGACAUCGGACUUGCCCGUACCACCACCGGAUCGAAGAUCUUCGCCGUCAUGAAGGGAGUUGCUGAUGGAGGCAUCAACGUUCCACACAGGCAAUUCUAACAAUUCCAAAAUGCGAUUUUUACGCUUUUGUGUUGCAGCGAGAGCCGAUUCUUCGGAUUCGACCCAGAGUCCAAGGAGUACAAUGCCGAGGCUCACCGUGACCGUAUUCUCGGAAAGCACGUCGCUGAUUACAUGACCUACCUCAAGGAGGAAGAUGAGGACCGUUACAAGCGCCAGUUCUCUAAGUUCCUUGCCGCUGGAUUGAACGCUGGAAACCUCGUCGGAGUAUGUUUCAUGUGAAGUUAUUCCUUCUACAAGAUGAAUUUUCAGACCUACGAGAAGGUUCACUCGAGCAUCCGUGCCGAUCCAUCUCCGGCCGCGAAGAAGGCUGCCAAGCCAUCGAAGAGACACACCGCCAAGAAGAUCACCUAUGAGGAGAGAAAGCAGCGCGUCGCGGACAAGAAGGCUCUUCUUCUUCAACUCAAGGAGCAACAGGAGGCGUAA